AUGGGUUCAGCUGCUGAGUUUGGUGCUCUGGUGGAUGCUUGUGGGAUGGCCCAAGUGCCAUCAUCGGGGAGGAAAUUCACCUGGUCUAACAAUAGACGUCGUGGUAAUGUUUCGGCGGUUCUGGAUAGAUGUUUUUGUAAUGAAGAAUGGAUUGACUUUUUCCAGGAUUGUGGCCAACGAGUCCUCCCUAGAAUUGCUUCGGAUCAUUCUCCAUUAUUGUUCACCUCAAUAUUAUCUCAACGGCCCAUUAAUUGUCCCUUUAGGUUCCAUAAGUUCUGGAUGGAACAUGGAGAUUUUGAGCAGGUAGUUGCCACAUCAUGGGAAGAGUGGGUCUCAGGGAAUCCGAUAUUUGUUCUCAUGCUGAAACUCAAAAGGCUGAAGGGUGUGCUCCGUAAUUGGGGGAGAGAGGCUUUCCCGAAUUUCAAUAAAGCCCUUGAGGAAGCCAAGGAUAAGCUAGCGCAGGUGCAACAGACUAUUGAAAUAAAUGGCAUGGAUGAUCAUUUGUUUGGACUCAGAAACUCUAUAAGAAGCCUCAAAACUCCUGAUGGGACUUUGGUGGAAGGUAACGACCAGAUAGGGAAUUAUACAGUUCAGUCAUAUGAGCAAUUUUACAAAGCUGUGCCUUUAGUGGAGCAUGUGGAGCUUCUUGAAACUAUACCUAUGGUUCUUCAUCAAGGUAAUUUAAGAAACCUAACCAUUUUACACCUCUUUGAGAAUCAACUAUCUGGUAGGAUUCCUCUAGAAAUAGGAAAUUUGGCAAAUCUGAACGACCUAGAAUUGUCCUUCAAUCUUCUAACUGGAGGCAUACCUUCCACCUUGGGAAACCUACAGAAGUUCACCAUUUUGAACCUGCUAGAGAAUCAACUCUCUGGGUCAAUCCCUGAAGAAAUAGAAAAUCUUACCAAUUUGGUUAAUUUGCAAAUGGGAGAUAACCAUUUAUCAGGUAGUCUGCGACUAGGCCUAUGCAUGAGUGGAUCACUCGAAAACUUCACUGCAUUUAACAACCAUCUCACAUGUCUUAUUCCGAAGGGCUUCAAAAACUGCACAGGCUUGGUUAGAGUUCGACUCGAAAAUAACCAACUUGUUGCAAACUUAUCAGAAGACUCUGGGAUUUAUGAGAAGCUGAAUUACAUUGAUUUGAGCAAUAAUCAAUUGCAUGGUGAACUUUCAUCAACCUGGGGACAGUGCCAAAACCUGCAAGCUCUACAGAUGGCUGGGAACAAUAUUAUUGGCAAGAUACCUGCAGAGCUUGGGAUGUUAACUCAACUGGUUAAACUUGACCUUUCUUCAAAUUACCUGGUAGGAGAAAUUCCUAAGGAAUUUGGUGAGUUGACAUCUUUUCUAGAUCUCACUCUGAGUAGUAACCAACUUUUUGGCAUUUUACCAUUAGAAGUUGGAAGGCUAUACAGCCUAACAAAUCAUGAUUUGUCAACAUACAGUUUCAAGAAAACUGUUUAA